GUUGUGUCAUUGUGUUCCAGCAGAUCAGCGUGCGUGUUUGAUGAAAUAACUACACAAACUUGGAUACAUCAACAUCAGUACGGUACAACAACUUGUCUUCAGUGCUCUCAGUGAAUGGUGCGUUAGUGAAGUUAUAAAAAAUUAGAUUAUGAUAUUAACGUCAUGUCGCUGAAACGAUUGCCCUUCCGAACAAUAUCUUUAUUUUUGUCUACUUAAAUUGGUAUGGGGGUGCCAUGGCCAUUCCAAGUGCGUUGUUUGCACUUGGCAUUCGCCUUUACCGUUGUGAUACUGGUUUUCUUCUUUUUCUCUUUAAACCCAUCUACGCUGAAACCGACCAUACCACCCACGCGGUCAUUCCUUACAGCAGAAACGCGCAUGCUCCAAGGUAACAUUAGUUUCUCCGGUGUGCACAACGGCACAUCAUCAGAGGUGCCCCCUCUGCCUCAAAUCUCCGCUCAUUCGAAUCACACCACCAACAGCCACUCACCCACCUUGGACCUGACUCAGGGCGUGCCAGCCCAGUUCAUCUACGAGGCUGGCCACAUCGACGUGAGUGCUGACGUAUGUCCCGAUCUGGGCAAGAACGUCAAGCUUCUGAUCGCGAUUACGUCAGCACCGAGCCAUGACAGUGCCAGGGAAGCAAUUCGGAAGACUUGGGGUUCGUUCGCCAGAAGAAAGGACGUAGCUAUAGCCUUCAUGUUGGGAUCGAUCUCUAACGAAACGAUCAACAAGAAGCUCGAAGAAGAACAGAACUUGUACGGUGAUAUUAUUAGAGGAAAGUUCAUAGACACUUACGACAAUCUCACGUUGAAAACCAUCUCGAUUUUGGAGUGGGUGGAUAAUUACUGUCCUAAAGCAGGAUUUGUACUUAAAACUGACGACGACAUGUUCAUCAACGAGUCGCGUCUUUUGGCUUUCAUAGCGAAACACAAUCCAGAGCAAAAGACCAUCUACGGUCGCCUAGCUAAGAAAUGGAAACCAAUUAGGAACAAAAAAUCAAAAUACUAUAUCUCUCCUCAGCAGUACAAGCCGCCGGUGUUUCCAGACUUCACCACCGGUCCGGCGUAUCUACUUCCAGCUAAUUUAGCCAAACCUCUUUAUCUGUCAGCUUUAAAUCACACCUAUCUCAAACUAGAAGACGUCUUUCUUACCGGCAUCGUUGCCAAUGGGCUUAAAAUCAAAAGGGUUCACGCCCCGGAAUUUCUGAACAAAAGAGUCCCCCUCACGCCUUGUAACGUUCAAAAAGACAUUAGUAUCCAUAUGAUAAAAAGUGCGGAACAAUUCGACCUGUGGAAGAAACUGCACGACAUAGCCAAGUGUAAAAAGUGAUAUUUAAAUAGAAGAAAUUUUUGGAGAUUAGUUUUUAUUAUAUAAAUAGUUACUUAUUUGUUAACAGUAUUUAUUUUAUGUUAAAUUAUUUUUCAGUUUAAAUGUUUUAUUGUAUUCCCUUGAAAAGGUUAGCCGAAGAUUAUAAACAAUUUUAUAAAGAAAUAAAAAAACAAACAAAUAUAUACCUAUUGAUGUAAUAAAGCUGUGAAUUUUUCUCUUAAGUAUUAUAUACAUUCGUAUGUACUUAAAAUAUAAAUAAUGUACAAUUUAACUCGAUCUAUCUUGAAAAAAUAAAAAACAUAUGAAGAUAAAAA